CCGCAUCCAAAUGAAAUAGUCCCCCAACCGAGACACCCCACGUGAACUCAGCAUCCCUGUUACGCCGCAAACAAGGCAGUAACCAUGAAAUACUCCACAUCACCGACACCGAGUGUCUCCAACUAUGCCAGGACCUCCUCCCCGCUGCCUGGGCCUGCCAACUACCAGCCCAGCGCCGUCAGCGCCUCCGUGAAGAGAUACAAGUACUUGCGGAGACUGUUCCAGUUCAAUCAGAUGGACUUCGAGUUCGCCGCCUGGCAGAUGUUGUAUUUGUUUAUUGCGCCACAGAAAGUGUUUAGGAAUUUUAAUUAUAGGAAGCAUACAAAGUCACAGUUUGCUAGAGAUGAUCCAGCAUUCCUUGUAUUGUUGAUGCUAUGGCUAUUUGUGUCAUCGUUCUGCUUCGCGUACAGCCUGGGGCUUGGCUGGACCAAGAUGCUGCUCUUCAUCAUAUUUGUGGUGUUUGUGGACCUCAUUGGGUGCGGCGUCAUAGUCUCAACUAUAUUCUGGCACGUGAGCAACCGCUACCUGCGGCGCGACCCGGGGGCCGGGGACGUGGAGUGGGCGUACUGCUUCGACGUGCACCUCAACGCGUUCUUCCCGCCGCUGCUGCUGCUGCACUGCUUUCAGAUUGUGCUGUUUAACAACCUGCUGAUCCACGGCGGCUUCCUGUCGUGCGUGGUCGCCAACACGUUCUGGCUCGCCUCCGUCGCCUACUACCUGUACAUCACCUUCCUGGGAUACAGCAAUUUGCCGACGCUCCAUAAUACGAGGCUGUUCCUGUUACCUCUCCCUGCCACCUUCCUAGGUUACAUAGUCACGAUAGUACUAGGCUGGAACCUAAGUCUAAUGCUCAUGGACUUUUAUCACUAUAGAGUACUAUAGCCUCUACGGAACCCUAGCCUAGAUACAUAGUAAGAUACUUAUCGAAAAAUAACUUUAUAGGGUAACAUUGUUAAUCCUGAGCAAUAUAAUAUUAUUUAAUUAAUAUUGUAAAUAAUAUUAUUAUCAUUAACUGUAGUUAUAAACAAUAAAAUUGUAAUGAUUAAAAAUGUCUCGUUUGAAUUAAAAAACGAAGUAUUCAUCAAAUUAUUUUUAAUUGAGAAUUAAAAUCUAUUAUACAAAUCA